AAUGAUUAUAAUUAUAUUCCCACUACCCCCCAUUGACCUUAUAAAUGAGUGCACACCAUGAGUUUGCCCUUCUCAUAUUUCUUCUGUCAUCCUCCACUUUCUCACAGUGUCUUCCAACUUUUUCUCACCAUAUUGACUUUUUAAAUAUCAUAAUUUUUUCCCCCUUUUCCCCCACUUCCUAAGUUUUCAUCUUUCAUUUUCCAUAGAGAAUCCCAAGCCUUUAAUUAAAACCACCCCUUAUGUCAAAACAUACAAACAAAUCACCUCCAUAUAAAAUGUUCUUGUUGCUAUCACUUUCUUUUUGACUUGGGUGUGUAACAAUCUUAUAAAUUGCCCUCUAUCUAAACCACCCAUCAAACACUUUUUUUUUUUUUUCCUUUUCUCUCCAUCAGCCUCUGAGACUUCAUAUAUAAAUACCUCCAUUGAUUUUCUUUGGUUUGAAGCAGAGCAGCAGUUUCAUCAAUGGCAGCAGCCUCUCAUUUCCUUCGUUUGCUUGUCAUAUUCUUGGGACUUUAUAACCUUCUUUGUUCCAAUGCUGUCCCAACUUCAAGAAGUGUCAGCCUCUUGCAUGGAUCUCUUCCAUUUCCUCAUGUUUCAAGCAACACCCUCAUGGUGACUAAAACGGAGGAAGAAGAGAGCCAUGGAAGAAUGGUUGUGGCACUAAAUGACUAUCCAGGGUCAGGAGCCAACAAUCGUCACACACCAAGGCCACAAUUUAGGGGCUGUGCUGAUUGUUGAUUAGAUUUUACAUUACAUAUUUUAGGGAUUGGUUGGGCUUUAUAUUUAUAUGAUAUUAUUGGUUUGAAUUAUCUUUAUAUCUAUCUAUGAUCAUAUUAUAUGUAUUACAUGGGAAUAUGGAAGGAGGGUUUGAGCUUCUUCAUCACUCAAUUAAGCUGUUGAAAAGCUGAGAAAAGAGAUGGGUAGAAAAAUUCAUAAGAUUAGGUGAAAAAUGAGUCAAAAAAUUGUGUACUUUGUAAAACAAAGCAAAGAGACCUUCUUUGGCUUAUUUGUUUAGUAAUAUAUAAUUUUCAGGGCUGAAAUCAAAGCCAUCAUCGAAA